ACCCACGCCCAAGCUCAGGCUCAAGUCCCGGCAGCAGCGGGCAACACACAGCAGCCCCAGACACAGACACAGACAGCACCUACCACAACAGCAACCCAGGCGGACACAAACACAAACGCGCCUGCACUCCCAGCCGGGCAAAUCCAUGCAACGGUACAAACGCAUACACCGACACGCGCACUGGCACAGACUUAUCAGCAGAUGUAUGCUAUGCCUACUCUCCAGGUUCAGGCUCAUGCAGGAACUUAUGGUCAUGCGGCGACCGGGACCCUGCAGGCUACGUACGCACAGACACAAGCAAGUGUAACACCACCACCACAACAACAGCAGCAGCAGCAGCAGCAGCAGCAGCAGCAACAGCAACAGGAACAACAGCAGCAACAGGAACAACAGCUGCAACAACAGCUGCUGACGCAACAACACGAAGCACGAGUAGGUCAGCAGUUGCAAAGGCUCGCCCAGACUGGUACGGCACAAACACAGCCGCAACCCCAGGCACGGACGCCGGCGGAGCUUCAUGCGCAGGCGGUGGCACUGGCUGGUAGGCAAGCACGGGCGAGACAAUUAACAUCAAGUCAAACGCAACCACAGACACACACCCAGACCCAAACAGAGACACCUGUAUACGCUACCACGGCCACACCUGGGCAGAGUAGUACUAUUACAGCUGCGGCGGCUGCGGUACCACGGACACAACCCCAGACACGCACACAGGCCCAGGUGUACACACCUACACCUACGGUGACACAGUCACACACGCCGUUGGCGGCAACCGGACAAGCAUCACUGGCAACUGCUCAAGCUCAAACCCAGCCUCAGCCUCAGCCUCAAGCGACGGGGGAUGGGGAGACCGCGGCUAUGACAGCUACAACGACAACUACAACUACAACUACACCUACACCGAUCACUACCACCACACUACCAACGCCAGGCACGCCUACUGUACCGAGCGCCUCUUCGCCUCAGCCGGGUGUAGCCGCUAGUAGCAGUGGCACCGGAGGGGAUGGGGCAGGGACGGCCAGGUAG